GACACAGAAUAUUAUAAUCUCAAUAUCCAAACACACACUCAAAACCUCUCCUUCUUCUUCUCUCUCUCUCUCAAUCUUAUCUUCUGACAGAAAUUGACCAUUAACACCCUCCUCCAUUACACCUCCUAUCCCCUACUUCCCACAACAACUAACCCCUCUUUAUUUAAACCACUUAAAUUUUGACAUGUCACCUCCGCACUCUCACCAACCAAUCAGAAACUGCCACCUCAACCUCCCACACAAACUCCCAACCUUACCCGAUCUUUUUCUCACAGCUAUCUCCGUUUGUUUUCUCUACUCAAAACAACAACCUUUGCCCCCAAUUUUAUCUUUCCCAUUUUGCCCUCGUCGUUUUCUCAAAAUUCCAACUAUGUCCCUAAACCACCGGACCGCUGCAACAACCGUCGCUCGCUUCGCAAACCCUAAGUCCUUAUCGGAAUGGCUCAAGCCAAGGUUACCCUCCGACUCCUUCGCCUCAUGGGGAGUUAAGCCCGGAACGAAGAACGUUCACAAUCUCUGGCUCGAACUCUCCGAAGGCGAAACCUCUCUCGCCGAUUCCUCUCCUCCGGUUCGUACAGUUCAAGUCGUCACAGUUCGAAUUCUCGACGACGAUCGUAGGGUUUUGAUCGAGUCUCAUCAAGAGUUAUCUGACGGUACCGUUAGAAGCCGUGAAAGACCGUUAUCUGAGAAGAUGAAGCCGUUUGAGGAUAUUGAAUCGGCUGUGGUUAGGGCCGUUGAAGAAGAGCUUGGUUCGGUUGUUAAUGGUUCUUCUGCUGUGAGAAUCGUUCCUGGGUCGUACCGGAAGACGGUGGAGGAACGGAAUUCGGUUUCGUACCCGGGUUUGCCUGCUCGGUAUGAAUUGCAUUCGGUGGAAGCUUUUGUCGAUGGUCUUCCUGAUGGAGAAUUUUGCACGGUGGAGGACGGUGAAUACAAGGAUUGUGAAAAUUCUAGGGUUGCAGAUGAAGCUGUGUCUGUAAAAAAGCAUUUUUGGAGAUGGGUUAGUGAUGAUUCGGUUAAACCUUGAUUUUGUCAUCAUCAUUUUUUUAGGGUUUAUUUGAUGCAUAAUAUAAUCAAGCUUUUUUUUGGGGAUUGUAUACAUAGGAAUGAUUAUGAUUAUAAGAGAAGUAUUCUAUUCAAUUUUGAGGUUUGAGUUCUUGUAAAGUUUGUAGCUUUAAUUUAAAUAAAGUAUGAAAUUUUUCACCUUGUUAUAUGA